AAUACGGACAUUCACGAACGCCCGUUUACUAAUUUAAACAAUAGAAGGAAAGCGUCCAUUUGCAAUUCGCUCGAAACCAUUAACAAAAAUAAGUUACGCGAAAACCCGCUCUGAUCUCUCGAAACCGUUAAUUAACGAACGUAAUCAGCUGCUAGAUAACCGUUUAGAGCCAGUGUCGAGGUCGGUGUCGAUUUUUGUGUGAAGGACGCGUGGAGCCAAGGUCAUGGUCGGCUGAUAGAUGUAAACAGAAUGUAGACUGUGUAGUGUCGAAUUCAAAAUGCUUCUUUGUGGUUAACUGUGAGAUACAAACCGGUUUGCCAAAAUGACCACCACGAGUAAUGUGGGGAUCUCACCAGUCUUACUGCAGGCAAUCAGCCAAUCUCUGAGUUCUGCGAAAUCCAAAACAUCAUCAUCAGUCUCUAAGAUUGCCAACAGCAUGGCAGCAAUGUCGGACCGUGGGGCGUCGCCUAACGGUCGGCACACCACCGGGCAGGAUUCAGAUUACAUAGUGUCACAGUUGUUAGAGCAACAAGAGCAGUUGAAACUUUUGGGCCAUGCAGGUCAGCGUGAAAGCAUAAAAUCAAAACUUAAAAUGAAAGUUGCCUCCAAUACGUCGGUUUUGAAAUAUAAUCCACACGAAAUGGACACUUCUGAGGGUGUUAAUGUUUCAAGUACGAUUUUGUCAGACUUGGCAAUGGCGAAUGUUCUCACAGCCCUAGCGUCACAGUCAGGGAAAGGGUCUACAAAUCUGGUGGAUACUUCGCAAUUACGGAGUUAUGGUUCCUUAAAGAUUGAGCCACAUUCUGUGGGAACCAGUAGGCAGGAACCAGGGGAAAUAGAGACUACUCAAUCUGCAGUAAGUUCACCAAGUUUCAACUUCACAAUCAUUAAAAGUGACAGCAGUUCAGAUAGAGAGUCGUUCAUUUCACAGUCUAAACAUUCUGAUUACAUCAUUAUUCCCCGUGACACUUCUUUGGAUGUUAAUCCGAGUUUUGACGGUGAUCAGGUUAGUAGUGCUCAAAUUCAGAGACCACAGGUGUUAAAAAAGACUGCCCUAUCGUCAGUAAGCGGCAACUUGUCUCAAAUAUCUAACAACCCCAGUGGCCAGGUGAUGUUAAUGGAUGAUUCAAACUCUGUCCCGUCUACACCAGAAACCCCCGAAACAUUGAUACAAAACAUGACACCGAGUCGAAUUCGCAUCAUCGAGCACAACGGAAAGCGGUACAUCAUACAGAUGCAGGACAUUGAGUCGGAUUCCUCACAGAGUCAGACUGACGCCUCUGGAGACCGGGGAGACUGCGAGACUGAUGAGCCUGCGCUGCAGUUUAGCAACCUUCUAGAGCAGGCUGUGGUAAACGUGAUGAGCCAGCAGCAGGAGAUACCCCCACGAUUCUUGGGGCAGCAGUGUCCCGUGUGCUGCGACAGUAUAUCAGGGUUCCACUAUGGAAUCUUUACAUGCGAGUCGUGUAAGGGUUUUUUCAAGCGUACAGUGCAGAACAAGAAGACGUUUGUGUGCCCGAGGCAGGGGGAGUGUGAGAUCAAUCUGGAGAAUAGGAAGAAGUGUCCGGCCUGCCGCUUCUCUAAGUGUCUCAUCAUGGGUAUGAAGCUGGAAGCAAUCCGCCAAGACCGAACACGCGGUGGAAGAAGUAGCUACGGGGGCAGCUCACCUCACGACGAGCCCAAAAAGAAACGACCAAUCAAAAUAAUUCCCCAGCCUCGACCCAGUCCGGCCCAGUCUAGCGAAAGCACGCUGGCAAACGUUCUCAACAGUUCGACGUCGCAGGGAGACAGAGCGCCUAUUGUGCCUCCGAUUCUUGCAGAAAUCAUGAGUCUUGAAUCGUUUUUGAGCGAUGACGACCUUCCAGACAAUAUUUCCAUGGAGGAUUUCUCGCUAGCCAACCCUGGUGUGUUCGUGAACCUGUUGCAGCUGUGCGAGUUGAAGCUGUACAAGAUUGUUCGAUGGGCGAGGAAUCUGUCCUACUUUGCUAAUGUCUCAACUGAUGAUCAGAUCCUGCUGCUACAGAACUGCUGGUGUGAGCUGCUAGCCCUCACCAUGUGUUGGAAGUCCAUGAACCUGAGCAACGAGGUCGUCUUCUUCCACGGCCAGUCCAUAGAUCUGGAAAAGGCACAAAUGUUGAACCUCGGAGAGAUGUUCAGCAAAAUGCUGCUGGUGGUUGAGCAGUUUAAACGUUUGCGGCUGGACCAGUAUGAAUGCGUUGCAUUGAAAGUCAUCAUACUUAUUUGCCCAGACAUCAAAGGCCUGAGUGAGGACCUAAAGCUGGCUGAGCAGCAGCAGAAGGUGAGCAUAGCGCUGGAGCAGUAUGUCAGCAGUCACUAUAGAAACCAGCCCAACAAGUACGGGGAGGUGUUGCUACGGUUACCUGAGCUGUCUCGGAUCAGCUGUAUGAUGAAGGACCAGCUCAUGACCUGGAUGCCUAGCAACACGACCUCCUGCGGUCUGCUGUAUGAGCUGCUCAAGGGAGAGAAUAUGAAGGAACUCGCUUGAGAGACUUGCGGUAUACAUGUGGUUGACUUUGGUUGAAAAAGUUGGCGAGGUUGGUGUUAACAACGCUUGGCAGAUUUGAAUUAAACUUCACAUUAAUGGUCCUUGGGUAACCCUUCUUUAAAGUGGUUCAAACUGUUCCAGAGCAUUGCAACAUGUAGAUCAUCAGAGGUAUAGAGUAAAAGACUGAAAACUUGCUGUGUAAACAGGGUUAACUGUGGUGUAUGAAAUAGCCAAUGUUUGUGUUAAUGUGGAAAGGUCGAUAUAAACUAGUGUUGACAUACAUGUAGGUGCAGCCAUGAUUGACUCAGUGUUUACUUGGUUGACUUUGGUGUUAACAUUGUUGAUAUUUGGGGCAAAUUUUAAACAUGGCAGAUGUUGGUGUACACAUAUUGGACUAAGUUGUGAAAACAUAUGCUAAUAUUGUUUGAAACAUUUGGGUCAUUUGUGUCAACAUGGUGAAAACAUGGUCAACAUUUGCCUGGAUACCAUGGACAUUUGUGUAACCAUGGCCAACAUUGGCGUAGACAUGUUCUGUGCUGUGAAGACAGGGUCAGUGUGUGAAAUGUGUUGUGAACUUGUGACUACCUUGAGAAGUAGGACAACAUGACAGCUGGAGUGCAUUUGUGCAAAACAAAUCUGCAUGUAAUGAUAAAAUGUGCAAAGUAGCAUGAGCAAUUAGCUUACAAGAACAUGGUGUGAUGUAACUGCCCUCCUGAGGCAAGGUCGGUGGGUUGAGGUCAGAACAACCAGUAGCCCGUGUAUCAUCAGCUCUGUUGUUAGCAUUAACAUAAACUCUCAGUGCUGGAACCGAAUUUUGAAGGCCUUUACAAACAGUUUGGAUCCAGAUGAGACGCCACACAAAGUGGCGUCUCAUCAGGAUUCAAACUGUGUGCUAUUCUGAUAGUAUUCUUUGAAAAAAAUCGAAGAAAAUGCUAAUUUUAGAAAUUCAGCAGACAACAUUUUAGCAGAUGACAAAUUUCCCAGCAUGCAAGGGGUUAAUAAGUUGGUAUUAAAUGGAUGUUCCUUUGUUUUUGCUCUGUUAGUGUUUCAAGUGGGCAAAAUAGGUAAACCGCUUUUUGGAUUCUUAAUUGGAGUUAACUGCUACUAAAACUUUUUUAAAUAUUUUGAAAUGAACGAAAUGUUAACUAGAUUGUAAAAAAACAGGAAUUUUAGUUUAUCAUCAUUUAUUGUUAGUGCCAACUUGGUAGUUUUAGUAGGCAAGAAUAACUAACUGACAAUCAGCACCAAGAGUUUAUACUACAGAAAGUGCUUUUUGCCCUCUGGGUCAGUUUAGCAAAAUAAACAUUAUUUUAACAGGCAUGUUUUGAAGCCUUGAUCAUUGUAUAAAUCUUGCAUAAUACAACAUGACAGCAUUUAAUACUGAUUCAUUUUAUUUUAGACUGGUAUGAUGAUUUCUUAUUUGUUUAAUUACAUUACAUCUAUGUCUCAUCAUAUUUGGUUUAUCAGUUUGUUUCUGAUUAUACAAGGGUUACAUGCACAGAUUUCUUGGUUAAAAGAUGUAAAUGAAAUGUUGUAAUUUAAAAAGUAAAAGUGUACAGAAAUAUUGUGUGUACAAUUAUGUUAAUAAAAAUAUUUAUUUUAUGUAUGACACAAGUAUUAGAAUCAUGAGAAUUUAAAAAAUCUUUUCUUUCCGUCAUCAGAUUAAAACAUUUGAUGCACCUGGGGUGGUAUUCCAGAAACAUCUUAAGUCAUUUCUUAAAUAAUUUCACUUAAGUUCUACAUUUCAAUGUUUUGUAUAUCUUUACUAAAUAAGGAAACACAUGGUUAUUUUUAUAUUCCUAAAAUAUCAUUGACAUAAUGAUGUUAUUUAAAUGUAUAUCUUGAUGCCAAUCUAUUGUAAUAUGAAAUGAAACACUUAAGAAAAUUUCCCAAUUUAAGGAUAAGGAUAAAAUUAUACUUAAGAUGCUUCUGGAAUACGACCCCUGGGUCUUGUUAUGAUGAUAUUGUGAGGCAAUUGUGAUGCAAGUCUUAGAUUUAUCAAGAAAAAUUAUUUUAUGAAGGUUGUCAAUGUUGUUCAGUCCAUGGUAACUUUUUAAGCGUUGUAAUCAAAGUUUAAAAUUUUCACAAUAUUGCUUUCUGUUUUACCACUGUGUAUUAUUAUGGUUCUAAAUUGAAUAUUCAUAAUGUAUGGUCUUAAUUAAGAUACCAUUAUUGAUUGUGCAGCAUUUAUUAAUUAAUUUUUAGCUCGGCUGUUUUCGGAGAAACCUCGAGGUAUUGUCAUAGCCAGCUCGUCGUGUCCAUUGUCUUCCACCGUCCACAUCGUGCUAAAACCUUGACAUUUUGUCAAGGUUUUAAACAUUAGCUCAAAAAUCAAAAUGCUUCCACCUACAUCUUUUAAACUUCAUAUGUAGCUGCACCUUGAUGAGUUUUACUUGCCACAUUCAUUUUUGGGUCACUAGGUCAAAAGUCAAGGUCACUGACCUCUAAAAAAAAAAAUUCUGACAAGCUUUAAUUUAUUUAAAAAAUGCACCCACAGCCGAGCAUGGCACCUGUUAUGCGGUGCUCUUGUUGAAAUUUCUAAUAAGAAAGAAAAUUGCUUCACCAGACUGUUAAGGCUUUUAAUUAUCCCCGACCAUAGGCGAAGGGAUAUUGUUUUGGCAUUGUCCGUCUGUUCGCCUUUCCGUCCUUCCUUCAGUCUUUCCGUCCGUCCGGAGCCAUAUCUUGGGAGUGCUUUGGCGGAUUUCAUUGAAACUUGGUAUGAGUAUGUAUAUGGAUAAGAGAAUGAAUGCUUUUUGUGUGUGUCCGGAGCCAUAUCUUGGAAGUGCUUUGGCGGAUUUCAUUGAAACUUGGUAUGAGUAUAUAUAUGGAUACGAGAAUGAAUGCUUUUUGUGUGUGUCCGGAGCCAUAUCUUUGAAGUGCUUUGGUGGAUUUCAUUGAAACUUGGUAUGAGUAUAUAUAUGGAUAAGAGAAUGAAUGCUUUUUGUGUGUGUCCGGAGCCAUAUCUUGGAAGUGCUUUGGCGGAUUUCAUUGAAACUUGGUAUGGGUAUGUAUAUCAAUAAGAGGAUGAUGCAUGCCAAAUGGCAUUGUACACCAUCUGUUAAUAACGGAGUUAUGGCCCUUUGUAUCUUAAAAGAAUGCUUUUUUGAGAGUCAAAUAUAACACUUUUGUGUCCAGAAGCAUAUUGGCGGGGGAUAUCAAUUCAACAAAAUUGCUUAUUAUUUUUUUCAAUAAUUUGCAAUUAGAAGAAUAUAAUGUAUUUUAAGUUGUUUUGUUAAAAUAUAAUUGCUAUUUGUUAUUGUGUUCAUCAUUCGGUAUUUAUAUACCUGUUAUGUUGUUCUAGCUCAACUUGUUAUUCUACCCAUAAUUAUCACCCAUUUUCAAGGUAUCGUGUAGACAUUCUGCUACUGGUAUAAUAAUUGUAUGCUAUGCUUACCUACAAUACAUUUACCACAAAUGAUUGUAUAUAUACAAAAUACUAAUAAGUUUAUCCAUUUUUAAAGCCAUAGAAUCAUGUUUCUCAUUAUCAUGUUUUUUCAUAAAGUAAAAUGUUCGUAGCUUAUUCUAUUGUCAAUAUUAAACAUUUGUGUGUUCCAUCAUGUAGCAUUUUUUGCAGUUUGUUGCUCUGUGCAUAUAUCUUUCUAUUCCAAUACACAAAUGCUAUUUCUGUUCAUGUUGUUGUUGUUUAGCAUAUAGCAGUUUCACUGUCCGUCAGUUUGAAAAAAUCCUGUCUCAGCCAUAAGUUUGUCAUAUAUAGACGUAUGUUGAGAUUAGUUAGUAAACAUGUCAACUUCAUAAGACCAUGUCACUUGCCAUAUGUCACUGUAACACAGUCUCUCUGCCUGAAAGGUCAAAGUAACACUUCCAGGUCAAAGGUCAAUUUUGGGCAUACAUGUACACAAAGUUUAAACAUUCCUGUUUUAGCAAUAACUUUGUCAUUUAUUACUGCAUUCACAAAUAUAAACCUUUAAAAGAGGACAUGUUGCUUGUACCACAUAUUUAAACUACAAAUAAGUUCAAGGUCACACACUUUGAUAUCAAAGGUCAAAUAUGGCAAUAAAACAGAUUGUUCAGACUGCAACUUCAUCCAGGGCUUUUUUUCCCCCUUACUUUGUGAACAAAUGAGUCGCGAACUUGUUCAAAUUGUGGGAAAAUGAGUUGCGAACUUCUGAAAAUUGUGGAAAAAAGAGUCGCGAACUUGUAAAAAUUGUGAAAUUCAGUUUGUUAAGAAUAAGUAUAGUUAAAGCAUGUUUAAGACUUGCACCAAAUUAAAAAUUCUUAUAAUAAUGCAUUCAAAUAUUAUUUUCAACAAAUAACCACUUACAACAAUAUUCUGACUGGUAAAUUCUAUUUUAAACCAUAGAAAAGCCUUACUUCUGUCAAUAUAUUGUCUCACUUAAUAAAUGUAAAAUAUUAAAUCAAAUUUUAAUUUUGAAUUGUGAAAUGGCUGUUUUUGACAGUUUUAAGCCCAGAAAGUCAAAUUUUCACAGUUGAAAUGGCCGUUUUUGUCGUGUAUAGUGGCCUUACUGGAUUUGUGAAAUGUUCGUGUAAAAAUUGUGAAAUGGCCGUGAAGGAAAAAAAGCCCUGCUUCAUCAUGAUAUUUAAACAAUUAUAAUUAUUGUGACCUACAUUAUGAGUAUUCACGCAUUUUCUUAUUAAUUUGUAUGUUGUUAUGAAAGUUCUUAUUGACAAGUGUUCAAUCAUGUUACUCUCAGAGAUUUCGGGCCUCUCAUGUACAAUAAAAAUUACUGUUUUCAGUAUUUUCACAAUUUUUAGUCUGUAUAUAUCUAAAAGAAUGAAAUAAACUAACAUUCUGUA